AUGAUAAGGAAGAAAUUCGCACGCUCUGACACUAUUGCCUAUGCUCAGGAAUGCAUGAACAACAGCCGGCUUCCCGGUGACUACUGCAUUCACGGUGAAAGGCACUGUGACAGUGUACCAGGAGUGGCCUACUGCAACGCUAAGACAAAGAAAUGCGCAUGCGCUGACACCUUUGAAGAAACAAACGGUGUCUGCUCGCAAAUAGGAUGUACAACGACGGAAGGAACAGAAAAAUGUUCAUCCAUUUCUCUUGCGGAAUGCCAUGCCAAUGUUUGCUCCUGUGCAAAUAAUGCAGAACUGAAUACGACACAAGGGAAAUGCGACAUGAAGAGAAUCGGUAGUAAUUGCACGACUGAAGACGAUUGCAAACAUGUCAGCGGUGCAUUAUGCGAUGACCAAAGAACCAACACAUGCGCAUGUGAUAGGCAGUUUACAUUUAGUAAGGGCAAAUGUGCACCUAAAGGUCCAGGGGACUCAUGCACACCAGGUGGUGACGACUGUGACAACAUUCAAGGUGACGCUACCUGCAGCCUAAAGACAAAACAAUGCAGAUGCUACGAUACACGUAAAGUGGUUGGAGGGAAAUGUUCUACGAUAUCUUGUACAUUUUCCGAUCCUUCACCUUGCAAACAUAUUUCAAACGGUGAAUGCAGGAAUGGAAUAUGUACGUGUUCAAUCGCAGCGGUACUCGAUACAACAACGGGGGAAUGCAAGAGCAGAGGUAUGAUGUAG